CAAAAUAUCAAUGUAGCGGGGCUGCUCGAGCGUGCGUGAAUUUAAAUCCUCCGUGACAUAAACAAUGCCAAGGUCACUGUAUUUGCGAAUGUCAUUUGAUAAGUGACUCGAAUAAUGAGGAAUUUACAUUGGAAUACACACUCCCAAUUUUCAGGAGGAAUAUAACAUAUCGUCAGUAGAACAGGGAGUUGUGCAUUCUGGGAUACCGAAGAAUAAUAGAUUAUCCCUCAUAUACCGGGACUGGAGGUCAAGGCCUUCUUCAGUCAGCGACAGAAUACUAACAUUACCUGAAUGGAGUUUUUGACAGAGACAAAAGGCUACAAUGUAGCAGAAUUCUACGAAGAGUUUGAAGCACAACUGCCAUUAAUGGCAAAGAUCAAAGAGGGAUUUUAUGGAAAUAUCCAAGAAGACACGUUUGACAAAGAUGAGGUAUUUUUCAUAGUAGCUAUCUCCAAACAGGAUCGAGUGGUAGCCAAAAUGCAUGGUGGAAACAGGUUUCGUUUGUUGAGCAUCCCUACAACGUUCCGUGAAAAGUUCUGUAUCGUAAAGACACAUACAUCCGAUCGUGAACAUUUUCUGUAUGAAAUACUGAGGACGAACAAGCUACCAGUGUCAGUACAGUUUCCGCCUGGGAAGACCAUAACAUGCGGAAAUAAAAGCAUAAACACAAAGCACAUUCCUUAUAUAGAACUCACUGACACGUUUGAAGAAAUGUACCUACUUGGAAACUUCAUAACUACAGGAAAAUUCGAUGAGGAUGUUGUUCAUAUUCCUUUGUAUCUAUCUCAAUUACGCCUCUCUAAAGUAACUGGAAUAAAAGGGGAGAGCGAAGGGUCUUGGAAAUCCUACGUCCGCGAGCUUGAGCGUAAGAGUUCCUACAUAGAAUAUGAUCUACAAUUUGGAAAUCAGAGUAAGUUUUCAUUUUUAUUAAAAUUAUAUUUGAAAAUAUCAAUGUUCCCAAAUACUAUGUUAUCAGUUUGGACAUCUUGAUAAGAUGAAUUGUUAUGGAAUAGUUACAGCCUACAAUCUGACUUAAGUACUUGAUCUUCUAAACGAAGAUCUGAGAACGACCCAUUCACAUACGUCUUCUGUAUAUUUUGGAUUUCCAGUAUUGCUAUUUUUAUUUUAACCAAUCAGACGACUUGUUCUAAUGUCAAAGAGUAAGAAAAUUGUGCAGUUAUUCCAGGGCUCGAACCCGGGACCACUCGCUUACAAAGCAAGUGGCCUACCAACUGAGUUAACCGGCUAUCUGACACAUUACGACAUAAGAAUUGUAAAUAUCAAAAGUCAAGGCUACAGGUAGAUUUGCAAAAUGUUGUAAGUUAAGCUCCGAUUGGCUAGCGAAAGGGUCGUCAGAACGAGGCUAUGAAUAGGAGAUGUACUUUAGUCAGAUUGUUACAGCCUAUUACUGUGAUUUUGAAGAUAUUGUGGUAAUGUGAACGGAUAAUUUUUACUGUGUAAAAACUUUCGAAUAUGUGCAAUUUUAUCACUGUUUAAUACAGAAGUACAUGUUUGUGUAACAGUUGUUUGUAAUACAUUAUGGACAUGCCACUAUAAUUAACUUUUACUUACUUACUUAUUUACUUACAAAACAGCUGUAUUACUAGUUAUAUUUUAAUAUUUUAUUACUCUUAUCUUCUUAAGUUUUAAGAUGCCUGUUUAAUAAUUAAUAGUUUAUUAACGAUAAUAUUUAUGCUCAUUUAUUUCAAAUAAAAUGUUUUAAUUUUUAGAUGUAGAUGUGCAUUUUUAUCAUGUGUUUGUAAAACGCCAUGGAAUAUGUUUUAUGUAAAUAUAGGUGUUUAAUCAAAUAAAACAGUUUUAGGUUUAUAUUAUGAUACGGAUCUUUUGUCUGUUUUAAACACUUCUAAAAUCUCGAAUCUAUUUUAUGCUAGUGGACUCAUAAUGACGCUCGGCAAUUUCCGUGUGAUGUCGUCUUCAAAUUAGGCACUUCAACAGUUUUCGGGCGUAGCUAUAGCACAAAGCACACAUGGUUUUCGGUAAAAACCGUGUAAUGCCGAAAUCGCAUACGGGUAAUACGGCAUUUGCCGACUGUCAAUGCGGGUCCACUACGUUAAGAUGCAUUACUGCAUUUAGUUAAUGCAUAUUUCAAACUGUUCCUGUGAUUAAAAGUUAUGAAAAGAGCAAGUAAUACUAAAGGGCGUCCUUGAACUGUACUUUCCCUUUUUAUCAUAAAUUAGUUUAAAAUUUG